ACGCAGUACUCUGAUUUCACGAGAUGCGCCGACGCCGCAUCGUAUAAAAGCCUCUCCGCUCGAUCUGAAAAUCAUUCCCACUUCAUACAUCCAUCGAGGAUCAUCACACCUCCCUUACAUUUUUUUUAUUAAACUAAAAUGAAAUCGUUCGUAGUUCUGUCAGCCCUUGUGGCAAUCGCGUGCGCAGCUCCCCAGUUCAACUACCCUCAACAACCGCAGUACCAAGGACAAAUCAUCCCGAUCCUCAGACAAAACCAGGAAAUCAACCCUGAUGGUUCAUACCAAUGGAGUUACGAGACUGGUAACGGCAUCGCAGCUCAAGAGCAAGGUUAUCUGAAAAACGCUGGUAUCAAGGAUGCUGAGGCCCAGGUCGCCCAGGGCUCCUUCUCAUACACCUCACCUGAAGGCAUCCCCAUCGCUCUUACCUACGUCGCAGACGAGAACGGUUUCCGUGCUGAGGGAGCUCAUUUGCCCACUCCCCCCCCAAUCCCAGCUGCCAUCGCUCGCGCCCUCCAGUACAUCCAGUCGCAACCCCAACAGCCUCAGCCAGCCUUCCAAGCCCAACCCUUCCGGGGCUAAGUACCACGUGACUGAACUCAACGCAACCAAGACACCCAACGCAAAAUAGAGGAACAAUGACAUGCUACCGAUAACUCGACGAUACCUUUAGUUUAAGUGUUACUGUGAUGUAAUUAUAGUUUAAGGUAUUUACUAGAUUUACAAAUACAUACGAGAUUUAUAA